AUGAAAUGUGAUGGAAUAGAGUAUCAACUAGAGCUAGUUAAAGAGAAACAAAGUCAAUCAGAAUAUUGGAACCAGAAACAGAACACACAUUUUACAACUGGUCAAGUUUUUAAAAAGAAAUAUGUAGAACAAAAGAAUAAAGUUAAACAAAAGAAGACCAGAAGUAUAUAUAACAACAGAAUGCCAAGAUUAAUAGCAACUGCAUGGAACAGACUCAAAGAAAAAGAGAAAACCAGAAUUUCACCACAAGUAUUAUACAAAACACUAUUCAGAGAAACAGAAGAGGAAGAAGUUACAAACAGAAAAGUGCUAAUAAAAGGACUAAUCAUGACAGAAGUAGGAAAAAAACUUGACCAACUGUUAAACAGGCAAGCAGCAGAAAAAUGUAUAAACAUAGUAACAAAAACAGUAUGGAAUACUUUCUAUGACCAGAUAUGGAGAGUUCAAUAUGAAAAAGUGCAAGA